AUGCUCCUGGCGUUUGCUGGCCAGUUGCCGACCAACGUCCUCGCGAUCACGGCGACGGCCCAUGCAAGCGAUCCCUACCAUGCGCUGAGCCAGAUCUCGCAAGUCCGAGUCGGUGUUGGAGUGUACAAACGAAUGGCGUUGUUCAACCACUCGUGCGCGCCGAAUGCAUUCGUUCGCUUUGACAAUGCCACGCUGACCUUGAUCACCAGUCGCGACAUUGCACCACACGAACAGGUGUGCAUUUCGUACGGCCCGCACGCGGCCAAAAUGGACGGUCCCGCGCGCCGCCACCAUCUCCAAGCCCAGUACUUCUUUUGGUGCGAGUGCGACGCGUGCGGCGCAGCCCAUGUCCAAUCGAUCCACGAACUUCCCAUCAACUUUGUCGAGCGAACUCAAGCUGUCGAAGAUACAAUCGUCCGCAGCAUCGCACAGGCUACGUCACCCGGCGACUUCGCACGCAUCCAAGACAUGGCAACAAUGGUGCUCCACGAACGACAAGCGGUGUUGCCUGCUGCCCACGUGCUCGUCGGUCGUGCGUACGACCUCCUCGCGCAAGUCGCAGCAACAGCGGGAAACUUUACGUGCGCCGCGUCGCAUAGUUUAAAGUCGCUUGCGAUUCUAGAGGCUCUCUACAGCCCUCUGGAUGCCGAGUUGGGUCACGAAUACCUCAAGGCGGCCCAGCUGCUGUAUCACGCGGGCCAGUUGGACGCUGUGGCGUCGCCGCUCGCACGUGCCAAGGCGGCGCUGUCCUUGCAUGUGCCCGCUCACGACCCUGCGCUCUCAGACGUUGCUGAACUCACGGCGAUGCUGUCGGUUGUUCGAAAGCACCUCCCCUGUUCUUAA